ACCUGUGAUUGUGACAUUGAUGCGGGUGUGUGUGAAGACUGGAGUCCAGGCUUUUACACACACACACACACACACUCUGCACUGGAGGCACUGAACACGCAUCAUGCUUCUCUUACUCCUGCUGAUAUUUUUGCUGCCAUGUCCGUCGUGCACAGGGGCGCUGAGCCGCCAGAAGAGAGCCUGGAUCAUCGACUCCUACGAGAUAGAAGAAGGGAACCCGGGGCCCUUCCCUUAUGUAUUGGGCCAGGUGACUCUCGACCGCAAAUAUCGAGUACUCUUCAUGCUGAAAGGCCAAGGAGUGGACGAGGACCCAAAGGGCGUCCUCAGCAUCCAAGAGUCGACUGGCCAGAUUUUUGUCUCCAGGCCGGUGGACUUCGAGGAGUACAAAGUGCUAAAGCUAAGUUUUGAAGCCAAGAAUCCGGAGGACCAGUCGACUGACACUCGACUCGGAGUUGAGAUUGCAAUUCGAGACAUCAAUGACAACCCGCCGCUCUUCGAGGAACCUCUGUAUGAAGUCACGGUUGAAGAGGCUCUUUCUCAAGGCUCCCAUCUCCUCACCGUAUUAGCCUUUGACAGAGAUAAGCCAAAUACCCGCAACUCAACUUUCCACUACGCCAUCAAAUCGGUUUCCCCAGAAUCUUCAAACAUCGAAUUCGUCCUCAAAGAAACUGGAGCGCUGUCAUUUAAAGGCUGUUUCGAUCACGAGGUGGCCAGCAAGCACAUGUUGGUAAUAGAGGCUAUAGACCACGGUGAGGUCGUCCAGUUGUCCAGUUCAACUUCAGUCGUCGUCCAUGUGGAGGACGGCAAUGACCACCUUCCAGUCAUCACAGGUCGAUCGGGCUCAGGCAAAGUGAAGGAAAACGAGGUUGGAGUCUCUCCUCUGCGCCUCCAUGUGACGGACAAAGACAUGACGCAGAGCAAAGCCUGGAGAGCCAAAUACACCAUUCAUGGAGACAUGGCAGGAUACUUCAAGAUAGAGACGGACGCAGAAACUAAUGAUGGGAUUUUGACUGUUGUGAAAUCAUUAGACUUUGAAAACGGAGCAAUGAGAGAGCUGAAGAUAUCGGUCGAAAAUGAGGCGCCGUACUUCUCCUGCAAAGUGACAAGGCGGCCGUCCGGGGACCUCUGGGAUGUUGAUUUCACUGAAGAGCAAAUCGGUGGCAAGAACAUUCAGCGUAACACCACAAUAGUUGUCAUCGAGGUAGAGGACGUGAACGACCCCCCGAACUUCGACGUGACCGUCAAAGAUGUCAGCCUGCAGGAGGACGCGCCGAUCGGAACCUGGCUGGAGAAAGUGACCGCUGUGGAUCGAGACACCACUGCUUCAAGAGACUUCAUCUACAAAGUGGGUCACGAUCCAGCAGGCUGGAUGGAUGUCGAUCCCCAAACUGGGGACAUCACUACCAGAAAGAUGGUGGACAGGGAAUCCGACCAUGUUGUCAACGGCGUUUACAACCUGACACUGCACGCAGUGGAUAAAGGGGAGCCACCAAUGACAGGCACAGUUACGCUGCAGAUCCACCUUAUUGAUGUAAAUGACAACAUACCAAAACUGGAGGUGAGCCAAGUGGAUGUCUGCUUGUCUGACGGCCAAACUCCAACCAACAUCUCAGCUAAUGAUCUAGACGCCGUUCCUUAUGGAGGGCCUUUCACCUUUGAGCUGCUUGGGGACGUCAAAGGACGAUGGAAACUGGAUCCAUCUCAUGGUUUCACAGCUGGCCUGGUGAGGGAUUCUAGUGUAAAGAGCGGUCUUUACACUCUUGGAGUGAAGGUGACAGACAUGCAGGGGACUUUCGGCAUUUCCGAGCUGACCGCCACCGUGUGCUCCUGCUCGGAGGUACACCACUGCCGCAAUUGGAAGCCUGUGACAAUUGACAGCUCCAGCGCUGUAGGCAUCGCACUGUUUGCAGCAGCUUUACUUUUGCUGGCCCUGCUGGCUGCAUUUUAUAUCUCCUGUAAGAAAAAUUUUAUCCCCACAGACGAAUCCCCUGGGUUUAUGGGGACCCUCAUGGCUUCAAACACUGAAGCACCAGGGGAUGCAAUUCAGCUCGAGGUAUUUCAUGCUGAACGUAGAAGUUUGAGGACACAAAGCAAAGGGAGAGUAAACAGCUUCAUCAAUAAUGACUCAAAGAGGUACUGGACGAGGACUUUUUCCAGGAGCAGUAAAUACCAGAGCAAGACAGCGGAAAACACCAACACUCAACGGGACAACAGCAUGGAUCGCCUGUCCUCCAUGAGAUAUUCUUCAUUUAAGGCUGAAGAACGGAACACUGGCAACCUGUUCAGUAUGGACACCAUGGACACCAGCCUAGGCUUUAAUGGAUGGGAAACCACACCAUCCUACCUGUUUGACAUAGAUGAGAUUCAGCAGAAGCUGUCUCGUUUACAGGAACCAAUGGCUGAGCUGCACCAUUAUAAACCUAAAAUCUACAAAGAGGAGGGGGAACCCAGCGAUUCUUCAGAUCUGGAUUCCCCUGACAUUUCUGAUGAGUCUGAUUCAUUUGCUGAAGUCCUUGACAAUUUAGGCCCAGAGUUUAGUAGACUGGCUGCCUGUGUGUCACAAAACCGCAGGGACUAGAACC